UACUUAACGAAUCAGUAACGAAUCUGUCAUCGCAAAUCGACAGUUAAUCCUGUCAGCUGACUGAGGGAGGUUCGACCUGUGUAGCUUCAGUCUGUAAUGUGAGGACAGAAAAUCAUCUGGCUUUUAAAGUUUAGAGCUCGACUCUAUAAAUGGGCAGGAUGACACAGAAUCACCACCUGGAGGGCCAGGUCUAUUCUGUGCCAUUGAUCCAGCAGGACCUGAGGAGGGAAGAAGCUGUGCACCAGAUCACUGAUGCCCUGCUGUAUUUGGAAAUGAUCUCCACAGAUAUCUUCAGCAGGGUGUCUCAGCGUGUGGAGAGUAACCGUGCUCACCUUCAGGCCGUUACUGACCGCAUUAACCUGGUACAAGCUCGAGUCCACAAGAUUAAAGGAAGCAAGAAAGCCACCAAGGUUUUCUCCAGUGCUAAAUACCCUGCUCCUGAGAAACUGCAGGAUUAUUCUUCCUUAUUUGUGGGUGCUGUAGAUCCAGCAUCUCAGAAACGACCUCGUUACAAAGUACAGGGCAAGCUUCGCCCCCUUGAUGACAAGGCCUUACAGGAGAAGUCGAUGUAUUUUCCAGUUUGGGUGAACACUAAGAAGCGCUCAGAGGAUGAGACCGAGGAGGGCCUGGGGAGUCUGCCAAGAAACAUCAGCUCCGUCAGCUCUUUGCUGCUCUUUAACACCACAGAGAACCUAUAUAAAAAGUAUGUGUUCCUGGAUCCCCUGGCGGGAGUCGUCACUAAAACCCACAAUACACUAGAAACCGAGAAGGAUGAGAAGCCGUUUGAUGCACCGCUAUCCAUCACUAAACGAGAGCAACUAGAGAGACAGACUGCAGAAAAUUAUUUCUACGUGCCAGACCUGGGAAAAGUGCCUGAGAUCGAUGUGCCCUCUUAUCUGCCCGACCUGCCUGGCAUUGCCGAUGACCUCAUGUACAGCGCUGACCUCGGCCCAGGCUUCGCCCCUUCUGGUGCUGUCAGUGCAACAAUUCCAGAGCUGCCCUCUUUUGGCACAGAACAUGAAGAUGGCUCUCAGUUCCGAUCCGAGGCUCCUCCUCCACCUCCGCCUCCUCCUCCUCCACCCCCUCCUCCUGAGUCUCCCCAGGUUACAGUUCCUCCUCUUGGAGCUUCUCCAGCCCCACCCCCUCCUCCUCCACCACCUCCUGCUGUUCCAGAGGACAAAGGUAUUGGAGGUAUAUCUACUCAUGCUCCGCCCCCAGGUACAGUAAAAGGCACCCCUUCAGAGGUUCCGCAGCCUUCAGAUGGGCGCGCCAGCUUACUCGAGUCUAUUCGUAACGCAGGCGGCAUCGGAAAAGCCAAACUGCGCAACGUUAAAGAAAGAAAGAUGGAAAAGAAGAAACAGAAGGAGCAGGAGCAAGUUGUAGCAGCAUCCAGUGGAGGAGAUUUCAUGUCUGAUCUCUUUAAUAAAUUGGCCAUGCGGAGGAAAGGCAUCUCGGGUAAAGUCCCAGGAGGCGGAGACUCCACAGAACCAGCUGGCAGCUCCGGCAGCGCGUUUGCCAGAAUGUCAGAUGUGAUCCCGCCCCUUCCUGCUCCCCAACAGCCUACCGCAGAGGACGAAGAUGACUGGGAGGCAUAGCCAUUACGGACCACUUCUGAAUGACUCUUUAAGAACCGAAAGGGCAGACGAACGUUCUGAAGCCGCGGCAGCACAACAGGCGUGACUUAGAAUCAUUCGGGUCAUGUUAAAAAAGGGUUCGAUGCUUCCAGUGUCCACUAACUUGUGAUCAUUUGCUAAACAUACAUAUCUGUAUCAGUGUUCUAAAGAUCUAGAUGAUGUAAAGAUGAUGUAAAGAAACUCAGUCAAUGUUAACAGAUCCGUAUCCUCAGCUCGUUUUAGCAGCACAAAUCAUCAAAAGGAUUGAGAUUUUUUUUUUUUUUUGCCAUCUUGCAUAAGCAAUGUGAUACUUAACAAGCUGAUUAACUCAUUGUAUUACAUUAGCUUCUGGACUGGGCAGAAACCUGAGCUUUGACUUGUCCAGUGGUCUAGUUAUGAUUUCUCCAUCCCUCUUAUAUGAAAGCAUAAAAUACACAAAACCUAGGAAGGAAACUUGUGAAAACGUGUUCAGUAUAAAAUAUGAGCAUCUGAAGAGUCAUUUGUGUAAUUACAUUCUUUAUGCACUGAUUAUUUCCGACCAUCUGCUGGGAAAACACAUGGCUGAGGCAUAUUGUGUGCAGGAAGCCUUAAAGGAAGU